GUGUAAACACAUCAUAGUUUCCGUCAUCAUGGAGGCUGUUGUGGGUGACGUUGUUGCUCCAGAGGACCUGGAGAAAUUUGAAAAGAAAUUCAAGGCAGAGUUGGCGAAGAAGUGUGUUUCUAAAGACACUCAGUUCGAGUAUGCCUGGUGUCUGAUCAGGAGCAAACACCCGGAGGACAUCAAGAAGGGAAUCGUGCUGCUCGAUGAGCUUAUUCAUAAGAGCACCAAGGAUGACCAGCGGGAUUACCUGUUUUACCUCGCUGUUGCAAACUACAAGCUCAAGGAGUAUGAGAGAGGUCUGAAAUAUAUCAGGACUUUACUGAAGAACGAACCAGGAAAUUCUCAAGCUUUAGAACUAGAAAAGCUUAUUGACAAAGCCAUGAAGAAAGAUGGGCUUGUUGGGAUGGCGAUUGUUGGUGGAAUUGGUCUUGGUUUGGCUGGAUUGGUGGGUCUGGUUGGUUUAGCUGUGGCUAAGAAAUCUGGAUAAGAGAAUGAGCUGAGACUCCAACAUCAGCCUUAAAGGUCUGUCAGUAAAGAUGACACUGUCAGUAAACCAAUUAACCGUCUGAUGCCUUAAUUGCUUUUCAAGAGUUCCUCCAUAUAAAUCCAGUGCAUUUUAAUCUAAAUCAUAACACACACUUCUAGAAUAAUGUAAACCAGAGCUGCACCUUUCACAUCGCUGUUAAAGAAAGGAACUAUUACAAUAUGCGUUUUUAUUUUUCUGUCAUACAAAGGGGUACAGGGAUUUAAUGUUGUAGACCUAAAGACCAUAAACAUUUAACUGUUUUAUCUUAUUAAUUCUUUGUCCUUGCAAGUGUCCACUCAUUGAGUAUAUGCUGAAAAGUAUUUAUGCAUCAGCACAUGUUCAUUAAACUACAUAUUUAAGGUAUCAUUUGCAUUCGGGAGCUUGUUUUAAUAUAUAGUAAUUACUGAACGGGUUAUAUAACCUUAACACCAGAUUGCCAUGCUGCACCUUUGUAUUUAUUUUUAUUUUUACUUUUAUUUGUGUAAAAGUCUGGUUUGUUAGUACCAAGCCAAUGUACAUGUAUUUGUCCUGUUGUGUUUGUAUUUAAACCGAUUCUAAUGCAGUUUAGAAAUGCAAUGUUAAACCAGAACCGAUUAUACAGCAGUGAGAAUAAAGUUAUCCUCGCAGUGAUGCCUAGACCAAAUCUGUUAUGUUAAAGCCUGUCAUGUAUAAGAGUCAAAAUAUGUGUAGCCACAUAUAGGGAACAGAAGACUGUUAUUAAUAAAAAUAAAAUCUUGUGUAUGGCAGGUUUUGUUUUAGAACACUGGGCACCAAGAUUACAGGUGUUUCGCUCUUGCACUAAAUCCUAAAGUCAAGAGUUUGUCUCAUGGCGAAUUCUGUACCAGAUUGUUUUCUUUGAGUUUGUCUUUAUAACAACAGUGCAUAUUGCCAACUUAACAAGCACCACAAAAUAAAACCCCUUAAUGCUCUA